GAAGAAGAAGGAGUUUUUAAGGAUAUGCCAGGAGAUUUAAGCAAAGGAAAAAUGUCUCGGAGAAGAACUAGCCUUGAAGAGAAAGAAGAAGAUGUUGAACUUACCCUUUACCAUGACAACAAAACUGCCUCUAACAGUGGGAGUACUAGUCAUGGAAAGAAAAGGAAAGGAGAGAGUGCCAUACUGGACGAGGCCAGCAGCACAUCAGAUGACGUUGAAAAGUUAUUGGUUGGCUUUGGUGCUAACUUUACAAAAACAAUUCAGAACAAAAAGAGAAAAAUAGAAACAUUCACUAAAGAAUCUUUGGAAUACAGCAAAAGGAAAAUGAAAGAAGUUAACACCAAACAAUCUGCAGACAGGCAGGUAGUGCUUAAUAGUUAUACAAAGCAGGUUGAUGUUAUCCUGGGCCAGUGGGAGGAGGAUUUGGGUAAAAUGAAAGAGGGAGAGGAGAAACUGUCUCUAGUAAUGAAACAAUUUCAAACACAGUCACGACAACAAAGACUGGCCAUGUUACAGAAAUACAAAACAAUGAAGCAACUUAAAGAUGAAUUUGCAAAGAGUAUUGAUCAGUUACAAGAAACUCAUGAUAAGCAGUUGAGUUCAAUUCAUGAUGAAAUGAAAGAGGAAAUGGCCCAACUUAGAAAGAAAGUAAUGAUGGAGUCACAGCAACACGAGAUGUCUACUGUAAAGAAUUCACUCACUAAACUACUGGCCAGUAUGGGAGAGGAAUAAAUACCAUUAAUAACCAUUAAUAACCAUUAAUAACUACCAAUAACUACUAAUGGAGUAAUACUUAGGAAGACAUCAUUAUAUUCAAUAACUGUGUUAAUCAAAUAUUCAACAAAAUUAAUAUCCUA